CACCGCUACACGUAACUGAUGUGGUUCAACGUCACAAUAAAAUACAAAAAAAAUGAAUAGACGGAUACCUGGCUGAAUUCCCCCAGUGAGCAAGUUAACCUGCUGGCUGUAACCAACGUUACCACUAAACGUACCGCUAAGACGCUAAGUUUCCGUCCCCCGUUUUGACCAAUAUGAGCAACCUGUGUGCGUUUGCGUCCAGUAGCGUGAGCUCGCUAAGUGCGCAGAGGGUCUUCUCUCGGUAGCUAGCGUUAGCCCUGAAAAGCUGCCAUCGGCCGCCCGCUCUGGCUGUUCCAUUCACGGGAAGGGGACUCUACAAUUAGCUGAGACUCGGCACCAUGAAUCUGUUACGAUUAGUGUGCCGCCACAAGACAGCCCUGGUAAUUGGCACAGUGUGCAGCUUUGCUGUGGUUCUGGUCUUCUUGGCUAAAUGUACCUCCGAAACCCUGAAACAGGGCCACCAGGAUCCUCCAGGCCUAGCCCCCCGUGCCAUUGCUGUGCAAUCCAACACAGAGACGCAUAAUCAUGCCGCCACGUCCAAAGACAAGUCGGCAUUCCUGGUGGUCCUUAUCACAACCGGACCCAAGUACACGGAGCGGAGGAGCAUCAUCCGCAGCACCUGGCUGGCCAAGCAGGAGUCUGAUGUUCUGGCUAUGUUUGUGGUGGGAACCCAAGGGCUAUCCAGUGAGGACCUUCAGAACCUUAACACAGAGCAAGGGCGCCACAAGGACUUGCUCCUACUGCCUGACUUGCGGGAUUCUUACGAGAACUUAACACUCAAGCUGCUGCACAUGUACUCCUGGCUUGACCAGAAUGUGGAGUUCAAGUUUGUCCUUAAAGCAGAUGAUGACACAUUCGCUCGUUUGGACCUCCUCAAGGAGGAGCUGAAGGGGAAAGAGCCCAACAGGUUAUACUGGGGCUUCUUCUCUGGGAGAGGGCGAGUGAAGACGGCUGGGAAGUGGCGGGAAAGCUCCUGGGAGCUUUGUGACUACUACCUGCCCUACGCACUGGGCGGGGGCUACAUCCUCUCGGCUGACCUGGUCCGUUACGUGCAUCGUACUGCGGGCUACUUCAAGACAUGGCAGAGUGAGGAUGUGUCGCUGGGCGCCUGGCUGGCACCGGUGGAUGUUCGGCGGACACAUGACCCACGCUUUGACACGGAGUAUAAAUCGCGUGGUUGCAACAAUAAAUACUUGGUGACACAUAAGCAGAGUCUGGAGGACAUGUUGGAAAAACACCAGACUCUGCAGCGCGACGGCCGGCUCUGCAAGGAGGAGGUCAAGCUGCGACUGUCCUAUGUGUAUGACUGGAGUGUGCCGCCUUCACAGUGCUGCCAAAGGAAGGAUGGCAUUCCUUGAUUUUUUUUUUUUUUUUUACAAGGACCUGACGUUGGCUUCUGUUUCGUAUGGUUCAAGUAGGGGAAAAGGAUUAUUGUUUGUUGACCAAUACUCCAGUGUUAGAACAUGUAAGGUUAUUUACGUUACAGGUUUCAGACAACAAAGUAGGUAGCAAAAAGGCCAAUUUCAGUUUUUUUAACUGAGUUUUCCUUUCAUUUACAAUAGUUUUACAAUUAUCGGUAUUGUGGUUUUUGUACAGUCUCCAUUUUAAUCGGGUUACGGUUAGGGUUAGGGUUUAAACUGUUCGGAUAGAGUACAAGUAAGGAAGUCCCACUUUUCAGUUUCCUAGAACAUCUAAGCCUUAGCUACGCUGUCUGCGGUGAAACAAUGGGAUUGAAAAGUAUUACGUCUUAUAACUCUCAAGCAAGAAGCCAACUUCAGCCUUGUGUCUUCUUCGGCCAAUAAACUACUUCGGCCUUGUUAUUUGGUCCCAUGCUCAUUUCAGUUCUCUCCUUACCUCCAGUUUACCACAUCAGUGGCCUACUUCCCUUUGUUUGUGCUUUUUCUGUACCUCUAGCUAAAUAUUUUCCCACAUAUGGGAUAUGUUUCAAGUUUAUUUCAGUGUAGUGUGUACAGUACAGAAAAAUGCAGACGGGAGAAUCUUACCCUGCUGUGAUGUCUAUAUGUUUUGUGAAAGCAACUUAUGUUGCCAUUUUAUUUAUUGUUAAUUUAUUCUGCAGCAAACACAAGACUGGUGUCGAGCUGGGACAGAAGCACAGCAGCUGUGGAUGCUACUUGUGAGUUGCAUUUGUAUUUAUAAAGGGGUUCGGUUGGAGUUGCGUAUAAUUCAUGGAACAAAUGGACCAGAAAUGUUCAAAAGUAAAACCUUUGUCUACUGUCAGUACUACAACAUGGUUUAAUGUGUUUGGAGGUGAAAAGAAUGUGAAAGAGAUAAGGGUUGAAUGUGUUUUAUUCAGCAAGCCUUCUUAUUCCUUUAUACAGGAUCAUAGAUGAGGAGAUUUACAUUUACAAAGGAAACAGUUCCGCAUUAAUGUUUCAGUCAAAACAUCUACUGUGUUGAAAAAUCAAGUUAUUUGUAAUUGUUUGAUUGCAUCUCACUGCAAAUUCACAUGGAGAAACUUGAUAUGGACUACCAGCUGGCACUUGGUCACUUUUUAAAGAAAAUAAAUAGUUUUAAAUUCAAAUCAUUGUUCAAUGAUUCAUUUUUAUGUUUUGCUUGGUUUUGCUGCUGUUAAGAUCUUCAACCUGAACUUAACCUGUGAUGUCAGCAGCUGUGUCCCAAACCGUAUGAAAUGUGUCCAGUAUUGAUUAACGGGGACAGUCAGUUGAAACACCAUUAGUUGUAAAAUGUCCAAACAGUUGUUUAAGUUUUUGUGAAUUAUGACCUGACUUUCUUCUUACUGUUAUCGCGAGCAGAUUGUAAUUCAGUUUGAUUUUACGUACAUGCAAAGCCUCCCUUGAUGUUUUAAAAAAAUAAAUAAAUGUAUUGUUGUCACUUCUA